AUGCUUGUUGGAUUGACUUUCAGCUCCAUUCCUUCUAGUGGAGUGGUCGUGGACAUGUUCUUUACCCUGACAUCAGGUUGUGCUUUGUGUUUCACAGUCUUGGAGCUUCAGAAUAUCAACUGGCAGAUCUCCAUCAACCGGCGUGCACAUCACACAGACAGGUUCUACGACCAAGAGCCCAUUGUGCGAAGGGGUCAGCCAUUCAGCAUCUUACUAUACUGCAACAGAAAUCUUGAGUCUGGAGAAAAUCUAGAUCUCACAGUCUCCACAGGCCCUUCCCCAUCAGAGUCCGCCAGGACAAAGGCUACAUUUCCAGUUUCCAAUGGGAGGAGUACAGGUGGCUGGAAUGCAGAGCUUAGAGCCCAUGACAACAACAUUCUGACCAUCGCCAUCACUAGUCCUGUCAGUGCACCCAUAGGAUGGUACACUCUGAAUAUUCAGAUCUCUUCCAAGGGCAGGGUCUUCUCUGUGAGACUUGGGACAUUCAUACUGCUCUUUAACCCCUGGCUGCAAGAGGAUGAUGUCUUUAUGGGUAACCAUGCUGAGAGGCAGGAAUAUGUUGAGGAAGAUUCUGGCAUCAUCUACGUGGGCAGCACAAAUCGCAUUGGCAUGGUUGGCUGGAACUUUGGACAGUUUGAGCAAGACAUUCUGAACAUCAGCCUCUCCAUCUUGGAUAAGAGUCUGAAUUUCCGCCGUGACCCUGCUACCGAUGUGGCCCGCAGAAAUGACCCCAAAUAUGUUGGUCGAGUGCUGAGUGCCAUGAUCAAUAGCAAUGAUGACAACGGUGUGCUUGCUGGGAACUGGAGUGGCAAUUACACUGGUGGCCGGGACCCAAGGAACUGGAACGGCAGUGUGGAGAUCCUCAAGGAGUGGAAAAAAUCUGGCUUUAGGCCUGUCCGAUUUGGCCAGUGCUGGGUCUUUGCUGGGACCCUCAAUACAGUGCUGCGGUCCUUGGGGAUUCCUUCACGAGUGAUUACCAACUUCAACUCAGCUCAUGACACAGAUCGAAACCUGAGUGUGGAUGUGUACUACGACCCCAUGGGAAACCCCCUGGACAAAGGCAGUGAUAGCGUGUGGAACUUCCACGUCUGGAAUGAAGGCUGGUUUGUGCGGACUGAUCUGGGACCCUGGUACAAUGGAUGGCAGGUCCUGGAUGCCACUCCCCAGGAGAGGAGCCAAGGUGUGUUCCAGUGUGGCCCUGCCUCAGUUAACGCAGUCCGAGAAGGUGAUGUGGACAAGAACUUUGACAUGGUCUUCAUCUUUGCGGAGGUAAAUGCUGACCGCAUUACCUGGAUCUCUGAUGCCCGGAAUGGAACCCAGAAGCAGAAUUCUGUGGAUACUCGAUCCAUUGGCAAGUACAUCAGCACCAAGGCCGUGGGCAGCAACUCUCGCAUGGAUGUCACAGACCAGUACAAGUACCCAGAAGGUUCUAGUGAGGAAAGACAAAUACAUCAAAAGGCCUUGAGCAAACUUAAACCUAAUGCAUCUUUUGGCCCAACGUCUGCAAGGGAUUUGGCAGAUGAUGAAGGGGCACCCAGCAUUUCUGGGAAGUUCAAGAUCACUGGAGUACUGACAGUAGGCAAAGAAGUCAGCCUGGCCCUGCUGCUCAAAAACCUGACCAGUGAUAGGAAGGCGGUGACAGUGAACAUGACAGCCUGGACCAUUGUCUACAAUGGCACACUUGUGCAUGAGGUGUGGAAGGACUCUGCCACAAUAUCCCUGGAUCCUGAAGAAGAAAUCCAGCAUCCUAUGAAGAUCCCAUACGCUCAGUAUGAUAGAUACCUGAAGGCAGACAACAUGAUCCGGGCCACAGCCAUAUGCAAGGUGACUGAUGAGUCUGAGGUGGUAGUGGAACGAGAUGUCAUCCUAGACAACCCCACCCUGACCCUGGAGGUGCUGGACCGGGCACAAGUGCGCAAGCCUGUGAAUGUGCAGAUGCUCUUCUCCAAUCCCCUGGACGAGCCAGUGAGGGACUGUGUGCUGAUGGUGGAGGGCAGUGGCCUGUUGCGAGGCAAUCUCAAGAUUGAGGUCCCAGCUUUGCGUCCUAAGGAGAAGUCCCGAAUCCGAUUUGAGAUUCUUCCCACCCGGAGUGGCACCAAGCAGCUGCUCGCUGACUUUUCCUGUAAUAAGUUCCCUGCAGUCAAGGCCAUGCUGUCCAUCGAUGUGGUCGAGUGAAGGGUAUAACCGCCUUGACACAAACCUGGGUAACACAGAGCAGGGCGGAGGGGGGGUGGACAUCUGUGGAGUGAAACUGCUGCUUGUGCUAGCCAGCUCAGGAACCCUGCUCUGUUCCCAAGGCUGCCGGAUGUGGACUUUAGCAUCCCCUGCCCCCUCACCUCCGGCUAGGCCACCCUAGCCUGACACUUGACCACCCUUGCAUGUUUCCUGGUCACUUCCUCCUGAAGAUGUCUGCUCUGGGAGCCCCUGGCCCUGCUCGCUCCCCACACCCAUCAGAGCUUCAGGUAGAGCGGCACCUGCCUUAAGACUUCUCUGAAUGCAUAUUGGGAAGAAGUGGCUCUGGACUGUUGGCUGACCCCCAGCCUGCAGCUGGGGUGCUGCUACUCCUCCCGCAGGCCUCCAUGGAAGGCAGGGAGUU